AUGAAGUUAAAGCAUCUUAUCGUUCCACUUGCUGUUGCAAGCGUAACAGUGGCUGCACCUAUAAAAAGAGGUUUACUUGACGAGUUAUUUGGACUUGACUCGACUACAACAACAUCAGCGGUAGCGGUAGCAGCAGCUCCAGUUGCAGCAGUUGCCACCACUUCCACACCAGCUGUAGCAUCAGCUACAUCAAGUGCUGGUGGAUUAUGGGCAAAUUUGUUUGGUUCCUCUGGAAGCACAACCACGGCGGCCACAGCCCCAAUAGCUGCAGCCACUACUCCUGCAGCAACAACACCCGUCGCUGCUGCUGCUGCAUCCACAACAACACCUUCUUCAACAUCAUCAAGCUCUGGUGGGUUUUUCUCAAAUUUGUUGAAGGAUCUUUUCGGCACUUCAUCAGGUUCUACUACAGAAGAGGCAGCUUCAGUAGCAACAACAACCACUGCAGCAGCAGCGGCAACUGCAGCAACCGCAGCUGCUCAGACAGCAUCAACUCCAUCGUCAUCAUCAUCAUCAUCAUCCUCAGGAUAUACAGGGGAGAGUCUCUGGGAGUACUUAUUUGGUGGUUCAGGCUCUUCAAGCUCUUCAAGCUCCUCUAGCCAAGUGGCAGUUGGUGCAUCUUCUGCAGCAACUGCUCUUGUAUCUUCUCCAUCAGUUGCUACCGCUGGUUUAACCGCAAGUUCACUGGUGACCUCGUUUUCCUCAGUAAUUACAAAUACAUAUCAAGGUGGGUCACCAGGCAAAUACACAGGAUCAAUCAAUACGGAGACUGCAACUGCGCUGAAUGGUGGAAGUUCAGCAGGAGCCACAGCUGCUGUAGGUGCUUUGGGUAUAACAUAUUCGCCAUAUACUAAGUCCGACCAGUGUAAAACUUCCUCAGAGGUGGCAUCUGAUAUUGCUUUAUUGUCCAAUUAUGAACUCAUUAGACUUUACAGUACCGAUUGUUCCGGCAUUGAAAAUGUUUUGGCUGCCAUGUCAUCAAACCAAAAAUUAUAUUUGGGUUUGUGGAAUAUUGACACCCAAUCAGUCCAAAAUGGCUUGCAAGAGAUCAAAACUGCAAUUGCAACUAGUUCACGAGGGUGGAGUGCUGUCCACACAAUUGCUGUGGGAAAUGAAAGGGUUAAUGCCGGUGCUGCUACCGUUGAUCAAAUGCAAACAGCAGUUGAUACUGCCAGAACAUGGUUAAAAUCCAAUGCAGCAGCAUAUACUGGAUAUGUUGUUACUGUUGAUACAUUGGUUGCAUAUGUCGGCAACCCACAAUUGUGUGAAAUGUCAGAUUACCUUGCCGUUAACUCGCACCCAUACUGGGACGGUGGAGUGCAGCCAAGCAACUCCGGUCCUUGGUUAUUACAGCAAAUAUCGAAUUUGCAAAAUGUUUGUGGAACUUCAAAAGAGGUACUCAUCACCGAAACCGGUUGGCCGACUCAAGGUGACAGUUAUGGUUCAUGUGUCCCAUCGGUACCAAACCAAGUUGCAGCACUCAAAUCCAUCGUGAGCUCGUUGGGAUCAAAAGCGAUUGUAUUUACAAUGUACAACGAUUAUUGGAAGGAUCCUGGCGCAUACAAUGUCGAGCAGCAUUGGGGUAUAUUUGGAGACCCAAGUGUUUAG